UCCAUUUUUGUUCAUUAAAUUUAAAUUCUAACUGUAAAUUGAAUUAUUUUGGGGAAUAGCUCUCUCUCUAUAUACAUGCAUUGUAUUUCCCUGUCAAAUUAAUGGCGGUCAAUAGCAGGUGGUGGACGAAGGAAACGGUGGCGGUGGUGACAGGGGCGAACAAAGGCAUCGGGUUUGAAAUUGUCCGUCAAUUCGCAGAAAAUGUUCUCACUGUUAUUCUCACUGCAAGGGACGCCAAUAGAGGAUUGAGUGCCGUAAAAACCCUCCAUGAUCAGGGUUUCAAUAAUGUUGUGUUCCAUGAGCUGGAUAUUCAGAAGCCCCACAGUGUCUCAGAUUUUGGAAGGUGGAUGAAGGAUAACUAUGGCGGCCUCGACAUACUGGUUAAUAAUGCUGCUAUUUAUGGGAUGUUUAGGGAUAAUGAAGUUGUGAUGCAAGCUCUCCAAGUUCCAGGAGUGUAUGACCAUAUUAUAGACACACUUAACAAUCCAAUAUUUGCCAAAGCACACAAAACAAACUACGAAUUGUCAAAGAAUUGCAUAGAAAUAAAUUAUUAUGGAACGAAGAGAAUCACAGAAGAAUUACUGCCGUUGCUCCGACCAGAAGGUCGAAUUGUGAAUGUGUCCUCAGAAGCCGGAUUGCUACGGUUUCUGAAGAAUGAUUCGCUUCAAAGGCAGCUUUCUGAUGUCUCAAAUAUAACAGAGGAAUUCAUUGAUAACAUGGUUGAAAUGUUUUUGGAGGAUAUGAAAGAGGGGGAAUUGGAAGGGAAGGGUUGGCCCAUUUUUGCAGCUCCAUAUUCUCUGUCAAAGAUUGCUUCAAAUGCCUAUGCUCGCCUCCUCGCUGAAAAAUUAUCAAACAGUGAAGGAGGGAAAAGAAUAUAUGUGAAUUGUGUUCAUCCAGGAGUAGUUCAAACCGACAUGAGUGGGAACAGGGGAAACUUAACUGCUUCACAAGGAGCAGAAAGUUCUGUAAUGGUAGCUCUGUUGCCACCUGGUGGACCUUCUGGACAGUUUUAUUUCCUCAAGGAUCGCCAUGAAUUUUAAGGACAUUCCCACUUUCAUGGGAGUGAUUAUAUGAAUAUUUAUGUGGAUUACAGCGAGCAGCGUAUGGAUUUCACUAAAUAGAUUCUUCUGUCAUCACAGUAAUUUUAAUUUUGUUAGGGAUGUCACAUUUUGUCUUGUCAAUAAUUUCACACUUUCUUGUUUUUAUUUCUGGAUUCUAUUUUGUGUUUUCUUACAUUAAGUUUCUGAUCAUUAUGUGUGACAGAUGUAAAAAACAUACAUUCAAAUUUCAGAAACAAAAGCAAGAAACAGUAUGGAUUGUGGAAAGUUGAU